AAACCUCGAGCAGAUCUGGAAAGGAACUAGGGAUGGGAUUGAGGGCUGGGCCUCAGCGGCCGAACUAAAGAUUAGGCCUGAGAUAACGGGGAGGUGCUAAGGUUAAAGUGGAACAAAGAGGGAGAGGCCCGGAAUGAACUGGGAAGACCCGGAUGAAGAGCGCAGCGGAAGCUCAGACUUGGGCUAAGACAAUGCAGCCUAGAGCGGAGGGAGGCGGGAGACUGGGCAAGCAUGAGGCGGAGUUAAGGGCUGGACUGGGGCGAAGCUGAGAUUGGGGUUUACGUUGGACUCGGCCAAGCUGAGGUUCAGGGUUGGACUUCUGCGAGAAAGAGUCUUGUAGAGACGAAGCACUAGGCUGAGAGAUAUGUGGGUUAGGACGACACUGAGGAUUGAAAGGUGGACUAAGGAAAAAACUGAGGACGAUGCCAGCUGGUGGGACGAGAGCAGCACCGGUCGGGGGGAGCGCCUCAGCUCGCCAGACUGGGAGGAUUCUGUACAAAUGAGCAUCACCUAUAUAAACAGGUUACCCAGCUGGGAGAGAGGACAUCUGCUGGCUGGUGUGGCAUCCAGCACUGAUGCAUCUACCUUCUCCUCUGAAGGUGAAUUCAAGGACACUGACAGGUGCUGCUGGAAACACAGAAAGUGCACCGGGCACAUCAUCCAUCCCUUCACCUCUGACUAUGGCCACCACGACGUGCACCUGCACUCUAUCAGCCACUGUGACUGUGAUUCUAGGCUGAAGGACUGCUCAGAGAAGACAUAUAGCAGUUCCGGAGAUGUGGGCCCAACCUGCUCCCAAGAUGUGGACUCAGCCUGUUUCAACAUCAUCCAGUGCCCAUGCUUUGAGCUCAUCCCAAAGGAAGAGUGUGUGGAGCGGUUCUGGUGUGGCUGGUGCAAAAGCUACAGGCCUGUCUCCGUGGCAGUGAUCCACCAUCCCAUCCACCAUGAGUGCGGGGCAGAUGACCUAAACCAAGAAGAGGAAGAGGAAGAGGAGGAGGAGGAGGAAGAAAGCAAGCCUCCCAUCCCGACCCAGGUGGGGCCCCCCGCCCUCCCCACCAACACAGGUAUGGGCAUGGUCACAGGUACCCCUGACUUAGCAGCUCCCAUCACCAUCUGGCGUUCCGAAAGCCCCACAGGGAAGUCCCAGGGCAGUAAGGUGAUCAAGAAAAUAAAGAAGAAAAAGGAAAAAGAGAAAGACAAGGAGGAGGAGAUGGACGAAAAGGCAAAGGUGAAGAAAAAAGUCAAGAAGGGCAAGUUGACUAAGAAGAAAAGCCCAGUUAAAUCAGAAUCACCUCCAGACUUAAACCGAUCGUUAAGCCCAAGAGAGUUGGCCAGGAUGUCAGAGUCCAGCCCAGACAGCUGGCAAGAUCUGGAGAGUGAGGACAGUUACAAUGACCCUGGGCGGGAGGAACCCUCCAAUGGGGAUAUUGUGGAGUCUUCAUCACCCAGGAAGAGAGAGAAGAACAGGGUCCAGGCCAAGAAGCCCGGGAUGAAGACCUCGCCAGUCAAGAAGGUCAACAAGAGGAAAUCUCCCCCAGCAUCAAACCCCAAUCUCAGUUGAGGCCAGGGCGACCAGGGUGAAGAAUAAAUGCGAUCAAGCCUGUAGCUGAUCCCCUGCUUCUCUCUCCCUCCAACCUGGCUACUUCUGGGGGGAGGGGGCAGCCUCUGGGCAUAACUGGAGCCAAGGGGCUAAGGAGCUGCAGGUGUUUCUGAAGGGCAAUCCAUCUUUCAAGAGGAAGCCCAGAGAAGGCAGGUGGGAGGGCAGGGAAGGGGCACAGCCUGUUUCUCUGUAACAUCCUAGGUCCAGGGCAGGAGAAGAGCACCUCUGGGUGGGAAGGAGGCUUCCUGUCUACUGGGAGACAGGUCUGUGCAAAAUCCACUUGGUGAUAGGCAUUGUGUGCAGUGAUACCACUAAUAAAUUGAACCUUUUAACCCA